AUGAUAACCUUCACGAUCUCUAGCCUGAUACAAUACCGUGUUUCCAAUGCAAAUAUGAUUAAUGUUAACAAUCAGGUGCGUCAAAAGUAUCCAGAACUCGCUCAAAGUGAACCAUCUUCUAAAGAUCAUGAGUUGGCGGACCAGCUAUUUCUGUUGUUUAGUCAAUUAUUAAAUUCAGCAGAACCCCUGGUCGACCAUAUUGUAACAUUGGAUUUUGAUGAAUAUGACGAUUGUAGUGCUGAUUAUCAAGAAGAAGAUAAGAAUGAUGCUGCUUCAAACGUCGAUGAUAUUAAAUAUCCUUAUGAUACAAUGUGUGCCAUCGUAGAAUAUUCAAAAAACCAUACUUUUAAUUCAAUAAGUAGACGAUAUAAACAAAUAAAAUAUAAAGAACAAUUACGCCGUAUCAAGCAGCACUUUGAUGUUCAAGGUACAAAAACACAAGAACUACAACGUGUCGAUAACUUUGUUUAUGCAGAAUUUAUUCAUUUGCGACAAUGUUCUCUACCAAUACACGAUUUAGAUUUACGACACUUGGCUAUUAAGAAAACGCAUGAUUUAAAUAUCGUUGGUUUUAAGGCGUCUCAUCAUUGGAUACUCAACUUCAAACAUCGUCAUCAUAUUUCACCAAGAAAAGUGACAAAACUGGUAACCAAAAAUCAUUCAGAAGAUCGAGAUAAAAUAUUUUAUGAUAAUCCAUCAACACGAACUCUCGCAAUAACCGGUGAAAAAAUAAUAAGGGGCCACGUCAUAUCAAUGAAUGUUAUUACUCAUUCAUACACGAUCAUGCCGAUCAUAGUUCAUCGGUAUCAUGGUAAUCGAAUCAUGUAUGAAUGUUUUAUGGGCGCGAGGAACUUCAAACUCAUCUAUCCGAAUGUGGUGAAAUCAGCUGACACGCUUUCUAAGGAUGGUAUGCGUCUGUAUCGGCAUUCAACUGAGUGUCCGACUGCCAUUCAAAUCUUCUUGGAUGAAAAUCCGCAGUACUGGCGAUUUGUACCAUUAUUGAACGAUGACGCAGAUCAGAUGGAUCGAAAUCCUUACAUUGCAUCACGUGAUGUACCACACGGUGAUGAUUUGCGAAGUGACAAGGACGUGCGAGAGCUUCUCGCUAAUUUGCCACCACCGCCGGCAAAUUAUCGUUUUUCACAGCGGCAAUAUCAUCAGCAAUAUUCAUUCUUUCAAGCGCGACGAGAGCUAAAGGCAAUGCCGAACAUGCAUCUCGAUUUGUACAAUGCAAAAGUAAUUGCAGUGCUGCCAGAUAAUGGAUCGAUGGUGUUACGUCGAAUCAUCGAAGCCUUGUUCAUCACACAUGCCGAAACGAAACUCAAUUCAGCAGGCUGUUUGGUUAAGUGCGAUCAUGAUGUGGCCACUGGUGGUAGUCAUGGGAAUACUGUUUGGUGCAAGGAUCUGGUUCGUCGGCCAGUGCCAGCGUUCACUGGAUCGUCAGAUAUGAACAACGUGGUUGUCAAAUGGGAACGAAAGGAUUGA